AUGGCAGCGGGAGUGGCUCUCACUCCCUUAAACGCCACACACAACCCAGAUACCACCUUCCCCAAUGCCGCCUCCCCGGAUGCCAGCAGCAGCAGCAGCAGCACAGCAGGGGAGUGGGGCCAUCACAUGCGGUACAGGAGGCAAGACGGGGAGUGCUGGAGCCGAGCUGAGAUGGCAUGCUAUGCCGAGCACGGGCGCACAGUGCAUGCACAGUCACAAGUGCAGGCUGAGGCUGAGUCGCAGGGGCAAGCAGAGGCGGAGCGCGAGUCAGAGGUGCUGGUGCGCAAGAUGCAUGAGUACCAGCGGUACCGGCGGGAGUGCCUCCACAGGGAGCCCCUGCAGCAGCUGCGCGCCACGCUGCUGGCGGGCAACGGCAGCGAGUGCCGGUACCUGGUGUGGCAGCACAACCCCGACGGCCAGGGAAACCGCCUGCUCUCCCUCGUCUCCGCCUUCGCCCUCGCGCUGCUCUCCCGCCGCAUCCUCCUGCUCGCCCGCCCCAACGGCCCUGCAGCGCUUCUCUGUGAGCCGUUCUCCGAGGCGGGGGAGGGGCCGGAGGGGUCGUGGGUGCUGUUUCCGGGGGAGGGCGUGGAGGAGGAGAUGAAGGCAUGGAGCUUGUUUGCUGAGAAGGGGGUUGAGUGGAGCCAGGCGUGGGAGGUGUGCCAGCAGCAGCAGCAGGCCCAGCAGCAGGGGCAGCAGCAGGUGGAGCAGCAGCAGGGGAAGAGAGAUGGAGGUGGUGUGGGUGGAGACACGAGGAGGCGGUUGCUGUCUGGAAUAGAGCAGCCUGUGGCUCCUGGUGCACCUGCACCUGCACCUGCCCCAGCUGUUGCUCCCUUGGUUAUACAGCCGUCCACUCCCCCAUCCCUGCCAUCCCCUCUCAGCAAUGCCUCCAAUCAACUUCCACCACCGCCCCCGUUGCUAUCAGUGGCUGCUGCUCCUGAGGUUGAGAGCAGUGGGGAGGCACACAGUGCAGAGUGCACCGUUCCACCCAUGUAUGUGAAGCCGCUGUGCCUGCUGUACGACCCGCACUCAUGCCCAUUGCACUGUUUGCACUGGACACGCUAUUCCUCAUUUCGUCUGCUGCACCCUCUGCACUCAUGUCUUGUGCAACCUAUUGUGCUCCAACUGCGAGUGGAUCUCUUCCACCACUCGCCCCCACCAGCGUUGCUUUUCUUCUGUGACGCCCACCAGCGCUGGCUGGCACGAGCGCCCACGCUGCUGCUCUCCUCCAACCAGUACUUCCUGCCUGCGCUCUACCUCCUCCCCUCCUUCCGCCGCGCCCUGCUGCUGCUCUUCCCCACGCACCGCCCCUUCCACUCACUCGCCCGCCUGCUGCUCGUCCCCUGCAACCGCAUCUGGGCGCGCCUCACAGCACGCUUCCACGCGCUGCUUGCGCCGCUGCCGGGCAGGGUGGGCGUGCAGGGGCGCUUCUUGCACAACUGGGACGUGCAGCGCGUGAGGGAGAGGACGCUCGUCCUGGGGCACUGCGCUGGGGAGGCCGUGAGCGGGCAGCUGGCAGGGCAGCCUGGGGCUGCUGCCGUGAGUCGCAGCGCCGAUGGUGCUGCUGAUGCGUCCAGUGGUGGUGCUGUUGUGGGCUUUGCAGAGGCAGCAGGGGGGGUGGCAGCAUCGGGGCUGUGGAACCUGCUGGCAGCGGCACCGGUAGCCAAGAAUCAACACGAGCAGGCACAGAGACGCCGGACAGCAGCAGCAGCCCAGUGGAAGGUGGUUGCGCUCAGUGGCAACAGCACCACCAGCGGCGACAGCAGCAGCAGCAGUGGGGGCAGGGGGGAGGUGGAGGUGGUGCAGCUGACGGAGGAGGAGCAGCAGGACAACAGCGACGGGCGCAACGUGGAUGAUGCCAUCAUCGACCUCUUCUCCCUCGCCCUCUUCUCCCACUCCCUCCUCCUCUCCCCCACCUCCACCUUCGGCUACCUCAUUGCUGCCCUCGCCCCCCACACCCCGGCCCGCUUUGCCUCCUCCUCCUCCUGCCCGCCUGCCCCUCCAGAGCCGUGCUACCACCACCCCCCCACCCAGGACCAGUGCCCUGACGGCCAGCCGCUGCUGCUGGAGCGUGCCGUGGCUGCGGUGCCGCACCUGCCUCUCAUGCGCUGUGCUGACCUCUCACUGGGGCUCGCUCUCAACACUGCUGCUGCUCCUGCUCAUGAUUCUCGGCAGUAG